AUGCUGGGAGUCGGAGCCAAUCGAGAUAUUUCGGUUAACGAUCUUCAACAACCGCUCUUAAGCAACGUCAAUAUUGGUCCUGUAAGUAGUAGUAGUAGAGCAAGAUCAAAGUAUGUGUGUGGUAUCUUUAGCCUUCUCACUUUCUCUUGGUUGAGCCCAUUGGUUGCACUUGGUCACAGAAAACCAUUAGACCUAGAGGAUGUUCCUCAACUUUUCGGUAUCGAUAGUGUAAGAGGAUCGUUUCCCAUUUUAAAAAAGAAGUUGGAUUUGGAGAGUGAUGAUAAAAAACUCACUACUACUUUCGACCUCGUCAAGGCCUUGAUCCAUACCACAUGGAAGGACAUCAUAGUUACAGCAAUCCUCGCUGUUAUUUACACACUGGCUUCUUAUGUUGGUCCUUACCUCAUAGAUGCAUUUGUUCAAUUCCUCAACACAAGACAAGAUUCAAAACAUGAGGGUUAUCUUUUUAUUCUCAUCUUCUUCUUUGCCAAACUCGUGGAGUCUAUAUCACAAAGACAUUGGUUCUUCAAGCUCCAACAAGGUGGAAUUAGGGCUAGGGCAGCUCUUGUUGCUAUGAUUUACCAAAAGGGUUUGAAUCUUUCUAGUACGGGGAAUUCCCAUUCCAGCGGUGAGAUUACUAAUCUCAUUGCCGUUGACGCCGAAAGAAUUGGAGACUUUGGUUGGUAUAUACAUGAUCCAUGGCUUGUAAUCAUGCAGGUUGGUUUGGCAUUAACAAUUUUAUAUCUCAAUCUUGGGUUUGCCUCACUUGCUGCAUUAGUAUCCAUCAGUAUCGUCAUGUUGGCUAAUAUUCCUCUCGGGAGACUACAACACACGUUUCAAGACGAGUUAAUGAAAUCUAAAGAUAAGAGGAUGAAAAUCACAUCUGAAACUCUGAGGAAUAUGAGGAUACUUAAACUUCAGGGAUGGGAGAUGAAGUUUUUGUCCAAAAUUAUGGAUCUUAGGAGUCAUGAGACAGGGUGGUUGAAAAAGUUUUUAUCCACUUCAUCGACAAUCAUAUCCAUAUUCUGGGUUGCGCCUACUUUUGUAGCUGUGGUCACUUUUGGAACAUGUAUGCUUUUCGGGAUCCCUCUUCAAUCAGGGAAGAUAUUGUCUGCAGUUGCAACAUUUAAAAUACUUCAACAGCCAAUCUACAAUCUUCCUGAUACAGUAUCAAUGAUAGCCCAAACUAAAGUCUCGUUAGAUCGAAUUGCCUCAUACCUUUGUCUUGAUAACUUAGAUUCAGGCCUUGUAGAGAUAUUCCCCCGAGGUGAUAGUGAUAUUGCAAUCGAGAUAACCAAUGGAAGUUUUUCAUGGGAUGUUUCAUCUUGUGAUCCAGUACUAAAGGAUAUAAAUAUCAAAGUUGCUCAUGGCAUCAAGGUUGCUGUAUGUGGUACAGUUGGGUCAGGAAAGUCAAGUUUACUUUCAUGUAUCCUGGGAGAAGUGCCCAAGCUGUCAGGAAGUGUAAAGCUUAGUGGUAGCAAAGCUUUUGUUGCUCAGUCUCCAUGGAUACAGAGUGGAAAGAUAGAAGAGAUCAUCCUAUUUGGUAAAGAUAUGGACCGGAUAAGGUAUGAUAAGGUUCUUGAAGCAUGUGCCUUGAAGAAAGACAUUCAAGUUCUGCCUUUUGGUGAUCAAACAUUCAUAGUUGAUGCUCAUACAGGAAGCCAUCUCUUUAAAGAAUGUUUACUGGAAUUUCUCAACUCAAAAACAGUUAUUUAUGUCACCCAUCAAGUGGAGUUCUUGCCGGCUGCUGAUCUUGUCUUGGUCUUGAAAGGUGGGAGGAUCAAACAAGCUGGAAGGCUAGCUUUGGAUCUCACGAAACAAAAGUUAUGGAGGAAGAUAGGGUUGAAGUUGAGUCGGAAGGAACAAAAAGACAACAACAGCAAUUACUGGUUGGCUUGGGCAUCACCUGUGUCACAAGGGGAGAAACCUCCGGUUGGAGGAUCUACACUUAUAAUUGUUUAUAUAAGUUUGGCAUUUGGAAGCACUUUUUGCAUAUUUAUAAGAGCCAUGUGUCUUACAACAGCCGGGUAUAAGACAGCCAAUCUACUCUUCAAUAAAAUGCAUUCAUGCAUUUAUCAUGCUCCCAUGUCGUUCUUUGAUGCUACCCCCAGUGGGCGCAUUCUAAAUAGAGCAUCCACAGAUCAAACUGCAGUGGACCUGACAAUUUCAAAUGCAGUUGGCGUUUUUGUGUUUGCAGUUGUACAAAUUCUAGCUGUCAUUGCAAUCAUGUCUCAGAUUUCUUGGCAGGUGCUCCUGGUUUUCAUUCCAGUUAUUGCUAUUUGUGUAUGGUUGCAGCAAUAUUACGUGUCUUCAGCACGAGAGUUAGCACGACUGGUGGGAGUUUGCAAAGCCCCGAUCAUACAGCAUUUCUCAGAAACCUUGUCAGGUUUAACAACCAUCAGGAGCUUUCAUCAACAACACAGAUUUGAAGACAUGAAUAUGAAGCUGAUUGAUGGAUAUUCGCGACCAAAGUUUUAUAGUGUUGCUUGUAUAGAGUGGCUAUCAUUCCGAGUGGAGUUGUUGUCCUCUGUUAUGUUUGGUUUAUUCUUAAUAUUCUUACUCAUUGUCCCAAAUGGGACCAUCGAUCCAAGUAUUGCGGGGUUAGCAGUCACGUAUGGGCUCAAUAUAAACAUCCUACAAGCUUCAGCAAUAUGGAAACUAUGCAGCAUGGAGAAUAGCAUUAUAUCAGUUGAAAGAAUACUUCAAUACAUGUCUAUCCCUGAGGAAGGACCUCUUGUUGUAGAAUCAACCAGGCCAAACCAUUUGUGGCCAUCAUUUGGAGAAGUAGAGGUACUCAACCUGCAGGUAAGGUAUGCCCCACACUUGCCACUUGUGUUAAGAGGAGUUACAUGCAAUUUUCAUGGUGGCACAAAGACUGGAAUCGUAGGAAGAACAGGAAGUGGUAAAUCGACUCUUAUACAAGCACUCUUUCGCAUGGUUGAACCUACUGGGGGAGAAAUUUUCAUAGAUGAGAUCAAUAUAUCCUCUAUUGGGCUUCAUGAUUUACGCUCAAGAUUGAGCAUAAUCCCUCAAGAUCCACCCAUGUUCCAUGGGAGUGUACGAAGCAAUCUGGAUCCACUUGAACAUUACACUGAUGAACAGAUCUGGGAGGCUCUAGAUAAGUGCCAGUUGGGAGAUGAAGUUAGGAGGAAGGAAGACAAGCUUGAUUCUACAGUCAGUGAGAAUGGAGAGAAUUGGAGCAUGGGUGAAAGGCAACUGUUGUGUCUUGGUCGAGUGUUACUCAAGAAAACCAAGAUCUUGGUGCUUGACGAGGCUACUGCAUCGAUGGAUGUGUCGGCCGAUCAUACAAUACAACAAGCACUAGGACAACACUUUUCUGACUCAACUAUCAUCACCAUUGCACAUAGAAUCACGUCUGUUCUCAAUGGCCACAUGGUUCUAGUCUUGGAAAAAGGCCUCAUUCAGGAAUAUGAUUCACCAUUAAAGUUAUUGGAAAAUAGAUCUUCUUCCUUUGCAAAGCUUGUUACCGAGUACCAGUACCGUGGGAGAUCUACUUCCAGUCAUGGAACCUAGGACUUCUUUUCAUGUGGACUUACUCCCACCAUUAUGGUUGCUCAUCUUAUUCUUAUAACAAAUAUAGGAAACCCUUUACGUGUGUGUGCAUCACAUCACUAUAUAUAUGAAGGUUCUAAAAAGCUUGUCAUAGCACGCCAUAAUUCCAAGGCUUGUACCUGCUGUCAAGCUUUACCAAAACGCUGCCUUAACUCAUAUAUGUGUAUAAUAUAGAAAAAUAGUUGAAAAUACAUAUAAAAAUAUUAAAUAUAUACAAAAUUGCCGCCUUAAGUUACGCCUUAUAAACGACGUGGCUCGUCAAGGCUUAAAAAAGCUUAAGGUCUGACAUUGCCG